AUGUUACUUUCCACCAUCUUACUACUCCACACCAUCCUCUUCGCACCCCUAAUAUCAUCUCUUGCCAUUCCUAAUCCCGUUAGAAACCUCGGCGCGAAAGUAAUCGCUCUACAAGGGGAAUGUACCAAGCAAGGAGGCAGUAUCUCCCAUAGUCACGGCAUACAUAUCUGCGAAUUUGUUUCGGUGCAUGAUGGCCCGGCCCCGAAGUCGAUGCGCGAUACUUUUCAUGAAAUAUUUCGAAAGUUUGGAAACAAAGAGAGGGCUUAUUUAAAUCUGGACUCUUCUUUUAUUCUACCGACAAGGACUCAGUUGGGUGAUGGGGUUAUCGAUGAGGAAAAGGGUGUGAUUGCUCAAUCAUACGGAACUUCUGAUGAUGAAGAGAUGUUGGCUGUAUUGCGACAACCAGAUCUAUCAAGUGAACAGACUACACACUCGAAGUCGAAGAUCGACGAGCAGACAGAAAGGGAGCAAGAAAAAGAAAAAGAAAAGGAAGAGAAGAAGAAGAACAAGGAGGGAGUGAAUAAAUGGGAACAUUUGCAAAUGAUCAAAAUACCAUCCAGAAUAGACGACGUCACCGAAUUACCAAAGUGCAAACCGAUAAAUAUAAAUUGCAAUCCCAAUACUGGCAUCAACGUGUGCUGUCCGGAUUUAUCAUGUAUGCAGGUAGGACCUGCUUUUGGGGAUUUGGAUUUGGAUUUCAAAUGUAGGGAGAAGGGUUCUGGGGAUGGGGAUGGGGAUGCGGUUGCGGAUGGGGAAGAUAGGGAAGGGGGAAAUGAGAAAGAUUCUGGGUUGAUAUAUGAGGGUGGGAAACGGCAGUGGGUUCUGGGUGGGUGGAAAAUUUGA